ACUUUAUCAAAAAUUAAAUAAAUAAAUAGAAAUCAGUAUCUAAAAUAAAAUAGGAUAUUUAAUUUAUUUUUUUAUAGAAUGUUGAGAAGUGAACGAAUGGGAUGCUAUUAAGUAAUAGUAUCCAGGGAAUUAGCAUGGGAAAUGAUAAAUAUGUUAGGAGAAUUAGGUGACGACAUGGUAGAGUUUAUAGAUUCAAACAAAGAUUAAAAUUCAGCAAAUCGAUUGUUUUCUCGCUUUAUUAAGAAAUGUGAAGAGAUAUAAACUAAUUUAGCAAAGAUUAAGCAACUUCUUAAGGAUUAUAAUUUUCAUAUUUAGCAUUGUGAAGACGUUGAGGAGUUCUUGAUUUAGCUAAGAGAAUUUCUAAGCACACGUGAUAGAAUUGAAAAAACAUAUAUAGAUGACAUAAAUUAGGAAAUCGAGAGCUUCACAAAAUAAAUAUUUAGAAACGCAGCAUAAGUAGAAGAGUUAGAAAAAAAGUAUCAAGAUUUAAAAGAAUAAAGCUCUACCUAUUUAUUUUACAAGGAUAGAUUUAUAAGUUCUCUUUACUACUAGCAUAGGGAAGAUCUUGAAAGAAAAAAAAAGUAGAAGCUUUAAAGCUAAAUUUAAAAUGUUGAAGAAAUUGAGUAAGAAACAGUAGUUGUGCUAUCGUCUAAGCCAGUUUCAAGGAGAUAGCAACCAAUACAAUAAAAACAUAGAAACGAAGAAGAUGCUGAUUGGGAAGAUUAGUUCUUAACUAGAUAAUUUACAACUGUUAUAGGAACAGUAAAAACAGAAGAUAUUUAUAGAUUUAUACGUUCUAUAUACAGAUUGACAAAAGGGAAUUUUUGGAAUAUUUAAAAAGUUCAUGCAGAAUUUCCUGAUAGGACAAUAUUUAUUUUGUUUUUUCCAGUAGCAAGUAUCCAAAAUUCUUAUUUAAUAGGAAAAAUCAAUAAAAUUUUGGAUGUAUUUAAUGCUAAAAUAUUUAAAUCGAUUAUUAAUAAAGAUGAGAUAGAUUUAAAAAUUCUACAGAUAGAACAAGAUAAGACUGAUGUCUUGAGAGUUAUCAAUUUAGCCAAAAAAUAACUCUAUUCUGAUUUGGAAGAAUGGAGUCUACCGAGAAAAGGUUUAAACUGCUCUAAAAUAGUUGAAAUGCAGCUAUUUGUAGAAAAAGAGAGGUCAAUAUUUGUAUAACUUAACAAUUUGAAACCUCGAAAGCAUGUAUUUAUAGGCAGACUAUGGUGUCCUAAAGUAUACUAAGAGUAGCUUUUAUAAACACAAGUUAAAUUAUCUUUGAAAUACCCAAAUUAGGGAUAAUCAUAAAUUAUAGAAUGUGAAAUUAAUGAUGAUGAUGUUCCUCCAACCUUAUUUAAACUUAACUCUUUUACUGCUCCAUUUUAGCAAAUAGUCAAUACUUAUGGCAUUCCAAGAUAUAAAGAAAUAAAUCCAGGUAUUUAUUGCAUAGUAAUGUUUUCUUUGUAGUUUGGAAUCAUGUUUGGAGAUAUUGGUCAUGGAGGGUUUCUUUUCUUAUUUGGGCUCUACCUUUGCAUAAAUCACAAAAAAAAUCCCUUUGAUACACGCAGAGAUUUAAAUGUCUUAUACUCUGUCAGAUAUGUUGUACUUUUAUUAGGAUUUUUUGCUCUCUAUAGUGGACUUAUAUACAAUGACUUUUUCUCACUUCCAAUUUAUUUGUUUCACAAAUCCUGCUACGUUAAUCAAAGAGAUGAAAAUGGAGAACUAGAAUAUGUAAAAAAGCCUAACUGUACUUAUCCUUUUGGUUUUGACCCUAAGUGGUACAUCGCCUAAAAUGAAUUAACAUUUUUUAAUUCUUUUAAAAUGAAACUCGCAGUUAUAAUAGGAGUUAUAUAAAUGACUUUUGGAAUCAUUUUGAAAGGGUUUAAUAAUAAGUAUUUUGGAUAAUGGAUUGAUUUUUUCUUUGAAUUCAUACCGUAGUUAGUUUUUAUGGUCACUACAUUCGGGUACAUGAUAUUUAUGAUAGUUAUAAAGUGGAAUAUAAACUAUUAGUAAGAUACAAGCUAAGCACCUUCAAUAAUUAAUCUUAUGAUUAAUCUACCUCUUAAAUUAGGAAUGAUACCAGAUGGAAAAAGUUUAUGGAAUCAAGAAAACCAAGAAUAUUUACAAUAAAAUCUAUUAUAUAUUUCAGUGUGCAUGGUUCCUUUAAUGCUUUUCCCAAAGCCCUUUCUUCUUUACUUAAAAAAUAGAAAAAAUAAUAAAAGGACAUAUGUAGUUAAAAAAGGAAGUUUAAAUGAGAAACUCAUACCAUAAUUAUAAAAAAAUCAAAAUAGUGAUGAUGAUUUUAUUUAGGAAUUAAGAAAAUCCUAAAUAGAAAAAGAGGAGACAAUAAAAAAAUAAUUUUUAAAAGAAAACAGUAUUCAAGAAAGUAUGGAUUUCGACUAAUUUGAAUCUAUAACAAAAGAUAAACAUGAAUUUGAUUUUUCUGAAGUAUUUGUUCAUUAAGUUAUUGAAACCAUAGAAUUUGUAUUGGGAUCUAUAAGCAGUACAGCAAGUUAUCUUCGUCUCUGGGCCUUAUCCCUUGCUCAUAGUUAGUUGUCUAAAGUAUUUUUUGAAAAAACUAUAGGCUCAGGAAUAAUUGAAGGAAAUUCUCUCUAAAUUUUAAUAGGUUGGUUUGUAUUUGUGCAUAUCACGGUAUUUGUAUUAAUGAGUAUGGAUCUUAUGGAGUGUUUUCUACAUGCAAUAAGACUUUAAUGGGUUGAGUUUUAAGGAAAGUUCUAUAAAGCAGAUGGUGUAUGGUUUAACUCAUUUAGUUUCUUAGGUAAUUUAAGAUAGUUUAAUGUGGACUUAAGCAAUGGUAUAAAAUGA